CCAAAAUAGCAGACUGUUGAGAUCGGCUCUGCUUCCUUUAAUCAGCCCCGCAGCAUCCAACUCUCUCUGAUCAAUCACAUGCUGCUGCUCUGUAAACUUGGGAGACGUCAAGAAAGGCGGUGCUCCACUUCAGCAGAGAGGUCACAUAUCCUCCACAGCAGCAGCAGCAUAUUACUCCUCAGUCAGCUAGGGUGAAGCUCUGCCUGCCUGGUGGCCACACUCAGUCCCUCCUGGAAAACACUGGCAGGAGUUUGCAGCGCUCAGCAGCAUGGAAGUAACCAAAGGAGAGGACCGCUCGGCUGAACAGGCUGCGUCUUUGUUUGGGACACCAGAGCUGGAGAGCCAAAGGAGAAACAAUCAACCGGGAACGAAGAGGAAUAAACACUGUAAAAUCAUAACUGGGGUUCUGCUGCUGUGCUUACUGGUGGUCAUCUUGGCUCUGGUGUUAUCUCUGAGGAAAGGCUCUGAUGGAAAUGAAGGUAAGCUCUGGCUGCAGGCGGGAGAUGAGGAAACUCAACAUCAACAGUGUCCACCAGGUUUCUCCAAGCCUCCUCUCAUCCUGGUGUCCCUGGACGGUUUCAGGGCGGAGUACCUGAAAGAUCACAGCAGCCACAUUCCUAUCAUCAACAAGUUACGACACAAUGGAACAACAACACCAUACAUGAGGCCUGUUUACCCCACAAAGACCUUCCCCAACCACUACAGCAUUGUGACUGGUCUUUAUCCAGAGUCUCAUGGGAUUGUGGACAACAAGAUGUACGAUGUGAACCAAAACGCUUUCUUCAGCUUGAAGACGGAAGAGAAAGUCAACCCACAAUGGUACCAAGGAGAGCCAGUCUGGCUCACUGCCAUGCGUAACAAUCUGAAAGCAGGAACUUUCUUCUGGCCCGGCUCAGAUGUAAAAAUCGAUGGUUCCUUUCCAGAUCUCUACAGGUUGUAUGACAAGGGCAUUACAUUUGAGCAGAGAGUGUCAACGGUGUUUGAAUGGCUCGGUUUACCUCAAGGAGAAAGACCCGACUUCUACACUUUGUACCUGGAUGAACCUGACUCAUCAGGACAUCGUUAUGGACCAGCAAGCAGCCAGGUCGUUCAGGCUUUGGAAAGAGUGGACAAGAUUUUGGGCAUGCUGAUGGACGGCCUGACACAGAGAGACCUCCACCACUGUGUCAACAUUGUAAUAAUAUCAGACCACGGCAUGGAGGAGGCUACAUGUGACAAGGCAGCAUUUGUGUCGAACUACGUGACCAAAACAGAUGACUUUUCUGUCAUCCAAGGCCCGGCUGCUCGCAUCAGACCCAAGAGCCUCCCAGAAAAUUUCUUCUCCUUUGACUAUGAGGGCCUGAUGAAGAACCUGUCGUGCAGGACCCCUGACCAGCCAAUGAAGCCGUACCUCACAGAAAACCUCCCCAAAAGGAUGCACUAUGCUAACAACAAACGCAUCGAGAGAGGACACCUCUAUAUGAAGGAAGGGUGGCAGGCUGCUCUUAACCGACGGGAACUCAAAUACUGCACCGGUGGAUUCCACGGCUCAGAUAACCUCUUCACCAACAUGCAGGCGAUCUUCAUCGGCUACGGUCCAGGAUUUAAGGGAAACACAGUUGUGCCGCCGUUUGAAAACAUCGAACUGUAUAACCUCAUGUGUGAUCUCCUCGGUAUUCGUCCCGCUCCAAACAACGGGACUCACGGCAGUCUGAACCACCUUCUGCGGAAACCUGUCCACCUGCCCGUUCACCCAGCUCAGCUCUCACAUGACGCCCCCUGUGAGGCCAGUGACCCCGUCCCCGCUGACGACCUGCAGUGCACCUGUACAGCCCAAACCAAGACAAUGGAGGCAGAUAUGAACAGGAAUCUUAUAACAACUAAUUCCAGUGUUAAAGCCAGCUUACGCCGCCUCCACCAGCCCUUCGGCAUCCCUCGAGUCGUCCAAACAGGCGCCGAUUUUUGUCUCCUCCACCAGUCGAACUACCUCAACGGAUACAGCAAAAACCGCCUCAUGCCCCUGUGGGUGUCGUACACCAUCCAGCCUCUGCCCAGAGUCCGACCCUUGAGCCCAGAGUCAGAGGAGUGUGUUCGUGCUGACGUACGCAUCCAGCCGGCCGCCAGCCAGCUGUGUGCACGCUACAAAAACCACCCCGAUCUGUCCUUCGGCCUGCUGCAUCCCCCCAAUCUGGGUGCCAACGGACCCGAGUCAGACUCUCUAAUCACGAGCAACAUGGCACCAAUGUUCCCUGCAUUUAAAGAUGUUUGGACCCACGUCCAUGAUGUCCUGCUUCCAAAAUAUUCACAACAGCUGAACGGAGUCAACGUCAUGAGCGGGCCGAUAUUCGAUGAAGACGUUGAUGGAAACGUUGAUGCAAUCAAAGCAAUCUCAGGGAACGAGGCUCCGAUCCCGACACAUUUCUACAUGAUCCUGACCAGCUGUGGGAACUCGACCUUCGGCCCGGUUAACUGCGAGGGUCCGCUGCAGGCCAAGUCCUUCAUCCUGCCCCACAGACGCGACCACACAGAGACCUGCGCAAGCGGCUCAGACUUGUCGUGGGUGGAGGAUUGGCUGCAGUUUCACACGGCGCGAGUCCGAGACAUCGAACUCCUGGCCGGACUCAGCUUCUACCACGACAGGUUAUCAGUGGAAGAGACGCUACAGCUCAAGACGUUCCUACAGACUUCUUAAAAUCAGAGACAUUGAAGCUGAAACAAUGAAGCUUUAAUUUCCAAAGGAAGCCAUACUGGUCUGCUCAGCAGGCCUCAGUCCUCGUGGACCUCGUUUCCUGUGUUCAAACCAAAUUGAUCUCAACAUUAAGUUCCAUCCACUUUUUAUGUCUGAUAUGUAUGAUUCCCCCCAAAAAAAUGUAUAGUCAAUGUGUGAUAGCUGUAUAUUUGUUCUUGCUGAUGUUUUUAUAAAUGAUUUUAUAGAGAAAUGUUUUUAUAAAAGAGGCUCCGCAGCUCUGAACCAAAGACGCCGUCACAUCUGCUGAGCGGCUCCGCAGUAUUUCCUCGGGUGGGAACAAAAUAAAAAAAGGAAAAGAAACAUUUAUUGAUGAAAGGAGAAUCUAUUUAUACUUCCAUUGCUUUUAUUGGCAGGAGCACUUCAAGAAACAUACGACAAUCUGGAAACAGUUGUGUCUGCUGCCACACAUCUGGAGAGCUGCCUGCAGCAGCCAGAAACACCCGACACGAGAGUUUAGGAGAAGAUGAAGUUUUGCUGUAAAGAAAAAAAGAAAAGUUUUACCUGCCAGAUGUUUUCAUUGUAUGUUUAUGCUUGUUAUUUUUGUAUUUUCUUUAUUGGCACCAAUGUUGUUUCUAGUACUUUUUAAAUUUCUGGUUUUCGUCAGUGAUAUUUCGGAUAUUUUUUUUAAUUUUUGAGUGUUUGUGUGGCUGUGUGUGUUAAUGUAUGUUUACUGAUCUGUAUGUAUCAAUGGAUUGUUAGACACAUUUUCCCCAGGGCACAGACAGUAAACACACCCCGCCUCUGAUCCAAAAAAACCUUUUUGUUUCGCUUUGUGUCUUUUGUUGUGGUUUUGUGUUUCUUUGUGGUUGUUUUACAUCUUUUUCGUGGUCAUUUUUCAUCUCUUUGUAGUAGUUUUCAGUUUGUGAUUUUGCAUCUCUUCGAAGUGUUUUCACGCCCCUUUGUUGUUGUUUUUAACCUCUUUGUGGUCUUUCUGCAUCUCGUAUUUUUCUUGCAUCUCUUUGUUUCAUUUUGUAGUUCACUGUCUCUUUGAAGAUCUCUUUGGUGUCUUUUCUGGUCCUUUUUUAAUCUCUCGAUGGUUUGUUUGCAACUUUUUCACUUGUUUUACAUCUUUUUUGUUGCUUUGAGUCGAUUAGUAUCUUUGUAGUCGUUUUGUGUCUUUCUAUGGUGGUUUUGCAUCUCUUUUAACGUUAGUUUUCACCCCUUUUUUGUCAUUUCGCAAUUCUUUGUAGUUAUUAUUAUUUUUAUGUCUUUAUGGCUGUUUAUGUCCCUUUUUAUAGUCUUUUUGCUUGGGGAUCAAUGUCUUGCAACAGGACUUUUCAAUAUGCAAACAGGAGGAAUCGGGAAUCAAACUGCCAACCUUGCAACUAAAGGAUGACCUGUUCUACCUCCUUAUGUCUUUUUCUGAUAAUCUGACAUUCUUCAGGUGAAGCAGUUGGUUCAAGAACUGCAGCUGAACUUCAGUUCAAGCUGGAGAUGAAGA